GCUCUUCUUCUUCUCCUCUGCCGACCGUAGCCCCCAAGCCACCGACUUUCUUCCCCCUUGAAAAACCCGGUGAGAUCUUGAUGAAUUUCUCUUCCUUUCUUGUUAAAUCACAAGAUUUGGGGCUUAGAAUCUUCCCUCUCAACCCAGAAAAUCCCGGAUCUGCUCUGCUCUUCUCCCCUGUCCGCCGGCUGCUAUGUGGGUCUGAAUUUCUGGGCAUUUUUCGGUCCGUGAGUUUCCUGCAGCUUGCCGCCAGCUUCUUCUUCCCCUGCUAGCUCCGGUUCUUGCUGGAAAAUUCUGGAAGUGAAACCGAGGACGGGGAAACCACGGGAAGUGACGAGUUAGAAGGCUAGCCAUUUUGAGAUUGAUAUAGACUUUUAGAAAUAAAUCAUGAUCUUGUAUUUGGAGAUUUAAUUGGAGAUUUUAUAAAUUCAUUGAAUGGAUUGUUAGUUACAAGAGAUUUGAUCUUCAGAUUUUGAUGGUAUCAGAUUGUGAAUUGGAUAAGUUUCGAGUCUUGUGCACUUGUGGGACUCGUCUCACGAGUGUAUGGCGUCUGUCGCGCCUCGAAUUUGGGUUUUGGGGCGUGACAAAAAUCUUCAACCCCAAAAGUAAGUGUCUUUGUUGAUGAUAUUUCUAAUUCAUGGAGGCUCUCACUCAUGUUAUUCAUCUAAAUCAAGUCAAUAAACUAAUAUUUGGUUU